AUGGCACAGAAUCGCAAGUUCUCAUUGGAAGCGUCUCGUAUGCUUAAACGUAAGAGCUCUGAGCUGUUUAGAAGCUUGCCUAAGGUCCCAACUACCCAAUACCUGGAACCUUCAGAACUCACUUGUGAUAUCCUAUACAGCGGAUACCGACCAGUUGGAUAUCCAGUGCGGGAAACUCCGCUGGGCCAUCGGAAACUUCCGACACCGUCGCUGCGAGGAACGCCGUCGGAGUUGGCGGCGAUAUCGUCUGCACCGGCCAGCAUGGCGGGUGUAUCCGGGAACGGCGGAAUCGGAUCCGGUGGCGUGAAUGGCACGUGGCGCUACAACCCGCGGAUCCCGUCGAAACUGCUGCCGUUCAAUCUGUGGACGAGCUCGAGCAUGGCGAUGGAAUGCUAUCCGGAAUGGACGGCGGUUCCACGGAACGUGGUGCACCGGCUGCGGCCGUUCGAGCCGCUAAAGCCGCUAAAGCCGGUAGCGCCGGUGGCGUCGGCGUCAGCGCUCAAGAAAAGCCGAUCGUUGCAGCAGCAGGCUGCUCAGCAGACGCGCUCGGUGGCUAACGCGAAAACCAUGGCUGACAAGAAGCUCUCCCGACAAGUCGACCAGUUUAUCAGCUAUCUGCGUGAAAAGGACCGGAGAUGA